AUGCCGUUUGUGCGCACGCAGUUUCCCGGUCUAAGCAUCGUCGGCACCAUCGGGUGCAUCGACCUAGGGACGUUGUCAGACGGCUGGAAAGCGAGAGUAGAAGACAACAUCAAGUUUCCAUACGGCCUCGUCGACGACGCCUUCCUGAAUAUCUACGAACGCGGAUCGCCCGUGUCUGCUCAAGACGACUACAGACUGGUACCAAAGCCGUACGCCUUCAAAACGGUAAACGGUGAACUCGCGCCAUGGCGCCUGCGUGCGCGUCCGUAUGACCUCCCAGAACAGUCACCAGUCCAUGCGGCCAACGUCUACGCCGUCGCUGGCUCAGGCGACAGCGACAUGUGGACCGAGUUCCUGCAGCGAAGCAAGCCGAUCACUCUUGAUGUCAACACCCACUCUCGCGUCGACUUCUCCGUUGACUGCCAUUCGACGGCCUUUACUCGCUGGAAACUGGCAGCACAGGAGCCCACGAGUGUCACCCUGCGCAUCACGUACUCGGAAGGAUACGAGUACGAGAAAGAAGGGAGAGAGUAUCCCUGGUUCCGUACCAAGGGCGACCGACUCGACAGCGUUCACGGCAAGAUCAUUGGCCCAUAUGACGAGGUCACACUGGAGGUCGGACCAGAGGCCGUCGUCUACGAGCCCUUUUGGUUCCGGACCUUUCGUCUCAUCCGCCUUGAGGUCGUCGUUGCUUCGGGCCCCGUGCAACUCGUCUUGUUUGAGGCCACGCAGACAAACUAUGCUCUCGGUGUCAAGGCCUCGUGGCAGGAACCUCAAGGCGAGUACAGUGACCGCAUUUGGGACAUUAGUGUGCGGACAUUGCGCAACUGCAUGUACGACGGUUACAGCGAUUGCCCCUUCUAUGAGCAACUGCAGUACGCCGGCGACGGGCGCUCAGUGUGUCUCUUCCAUUAUCUGCUGUCUGGGGAUGACCGUCUCGCUCGCCAAGCAAUCCUCUCGUUCGCCUCCUCAGUCACGGCCGAGGGCCUCACGCAGUCUCGCCAUCCGUCGCACAUUACCCAAGUGAUUGCAGGCUUUUCGCUUUACUGGUGUCUCAUGGUGUCCGACCACAUGCUCUACUUCAACGACAUCCAGCUGGUGCGGUCACUUUUGCCCCGCAUUGACGGUGUGCUCGAGUUUUUCCAAAGCCACGUCGAUGACCUGGGACUUGUCAGCGGCAUCUCGCCCGACAUCUGGCAGUACGUUGACUGGGUGGACGGAUGGCACGCCACAGACAACCACCCCGACAAGGGUGUGCCAACAGCAGGCCGAGUGACCAACCGCCACACCUUUUUCAGCAUGCUCUACGCGUUCACGCUCCGCCAAAUGUCCACUUUACUCCAGCAAGUGGGGCGUAUUGGUCUUGUGGCCGAAUACGAGGCACGUGCAGACGCUGUCGUGGCUGCGAUUCGCAAGCAUUGCUACGAUGGGCACUUCUUUACGGACGCUGCCGCUGUGGACGUGGCAAAGUUGCCGCCUACGACACCCACGCUGUACUCACAGCACUGCCAAGUGUUUGCGGUCCUGUGCGGUGCGGUCCAAGGGGCUGAGGCGGCACGCCUACUUGGCGACGCGUUUGCACCAGACUCCAAACUCGGCAAGUGCUCAUACGUGAUGCUGUUUUACGCCUUUAGAGCGUUCGCCCUCGCCGGUCCAGCGUUUUACAGAAGCAUGUUCUCUCGUGCCCUUGCUCCCUGGCGCCGUAUGGUCGACAAGAACCUGACGACCUGGGAGGAGGACGAUGUGCGUGAGCGCUCCGACUGCCAUGCCUGGGGCAGUGUACCGAUCUACGAGUUCGCUGUCGAGGUCGCCGGUGUGCGUCCUGUUGCACCGGGCUGGAGCAAGAUCGAGUUUGACCCCAAGCCCGAUCUCGCAGAGGGCGACGAGGUAAACGCCAAGGUUGCGCUUGGGAGGGACAAUGUUGCCACGGUCAGUUGGAAGAAGGGCGACGGUGUGGUGCUGCUCAAGCUCGCCCGCCCGACCGAGGUGCUUACCAGGGUGGUCGACGGAGGCUGGCAGAGCCACGGUGUGGUUUCCGAGGUUGCAGCUGCAGUUUGA